AAAAUAGACUGAGCUAAAAUCUACCCCUUCCCCACCCCCGAAAAUCCAAGAUAUGUCACUUCUGCCCAAUCCCCUAGCGGAAGCACAGACGGUGAGCAGCCGGAAACUGAUAAAAAAGGAUUCUAAAGAAUUCUCUUAAGAUUCUCCUCUUUUUACCCAAAUAUUCACAUUCAAGAACAAGAUUUUCUGAACUGUAAUGUCUACCAGUGCCGAAUUUCCUGUACCAGGUCCUUUUAAAGAAGCUCUGAAGAACCUAAGGACAGACUCAAGUGAUGUGAAUUGGUUGUUGGUGGGCCAUACCAAUGGAAACAUUAAUGCUUUAGAGUACAGAUUGUCAGGAAGUGGUGGCCUUGCUGAAUUGGAGGGCCAUUUCAAAGAUGACGAGGUCAUGUAUGCUUUAGUUCGUUUGAAAGAGGAAUUUGACCUGAGUACAACAGUCAAGUUUGUUUAUAUCCACUGGAUCGGCAGCAAAGUACCUUUCACCAAGAAAGGACGAUAUGGUAUUGUACAUGGAUCAGUUAUGGAUAAGUUUGGACAAAGUCAUUUUACGCUAGAGACAUCAAGCCGAGAAGACUUGACUGAAGCAGCAGUGAUGAAAUUGGUUAACGAAACUUCUGGUACCAAAAGUAAAGUGAUGGAGACUUCAGAAGCUGCUGCUAGAAAGGACCGAGGUUUUACCAGCAGUAGUAAUAUUGUGAAGACUGGAAAACAGAUGUCUGGAGUCAAGGCUCCAGAUGCAGUUUCUAUGAAGUUUGAUGAUGAAGUGUUGGAAGCAAUAGCUGAUGUACGCAGCGAUGAAACGCAAACAGAUUGGUGUGUAGUCGAAUACCAAGCCAAUAACCCCAAAAAUCCCAUCGUGCUUCGCAGUAAAGGCACUGAUGGUCUGGAUGGUAUUAAAGGGUGUUUAGAGGAAGACAAAGUGGCUUAUGCACUCCUACGAGUGCCUGAUGUGUUGGAUGGUAUAUCAACAGUGAAGUUCGUGUAUCUGCAGUGGGUGGGAGAAAACGUCAAGCCAAUGAUGAAAGGUAAAAUUAGUGCAAACAAGUCAUCGAUGGACAAGGUCUUCAACCCUUUUCACGURCUUAUCUACGCAACCAAUCAGGGGGAAUUACUAUCAGAAAACAUUAUAGACAAAGUGUCUAGUGCCAGUGGAUCCAAGUCACAUGUCAAAAAGUAGGACGUGAAAGACUAGGGAGAGGUAAUMUUGUACAUCUCAUCUUAUUGGAUGAAUCAAGAAAUUCGAAUUAACCAAUGAAAUAAGGGCUUCUGUCGUCCAAUCAGAUGAGGUGUUUUAAAAARCGUUUAGUAGUAACAGCGUUGUUAGCAGACAGCGGAGAUAACAGUAAUUGUUGCAACCCAUAUUCUUAUUAUUAAAUAAUAUUUAAUAGUAUUUUUAAAGUGAUUAUAAUAAUACGAAAAUUAAUGAAACUUAAAGUAAGCCUGCACGAUAUUAUUUUUGGAUUUUGAAUUUUUCCAUUUAUAUUUUUUCCGACAAUUCAAAUAAAAACUAAUCGAGUGAUAUGUAAA